GUUCUACAGUUACACACCUCACAGUUAUGCUUUAAACGAAAAAACAAAAUUUAACAUUUAUUCAUUUCAUGCUAUAUUACAUUAUAACUUAAAUUUUUUAAUUAAUUAUUGUAUUGAACUGUCUUAUAAUAAUUUUUGUAAUUUAUUAUAUUUUAAAACAAUAUGAGGACAUUUGAUGUUUUCUUGUUGGUGGUGAUGAUAUAUACCUACGCCGCCGUGAACGGAAAUGUAUAUUUCCAUGCUACAAAACCAACUAAUGAGUGGUGGUCGAACACAAUAAUAUAUCAAGUGUAUAUAAGAUCGUUUAAAGACAGUAACAAUGAUGGUAUUGGUGAUUUAAAAGGUAUAAUCCAGAAACUAGAUCAUUUCACUGAUCUUGGCAUUGAAACAUUAUGGGUCGGUCCGUUUUUCAAAUCCCCUAUGGAUGAUAUGGGAUAUGAUGUUGAAGACUUUUAUAUGAUAGAUCCUGUUUUUGGAACAAUGGAUGAUUUUGAAGAAUUAAUUUUUGAAAUGAACAAGCGAAAUCUUAAAUUGAUAAUUGACUUAAUACCAAACCAUUCAAGUUACAAGUGCGAGUGGUUUGAAAAAUCAAUCAAGCAAGAAGGAAAGUACAAAGAUUAUUACAUAUGGCGUAACGCUUCAAAUCAAGACGAAGUAACCCGUAACCCGUCGAUCACGCCCAAACCACCAAAUAAUUGGUUGAGUAUAUUUGGCGGUCCUGCUUGGACAUGGAAUCAACAACGAAAUCAAUUUUAUUUCCAUCAGUUUGUUAAGGAACAACCAGACUUUGAUUUUAGAAAUCCUGAUGUUAAGCUACAAUUUUUAGUAAGCUUAUUUUUAAAAACUCGGGGAAAACAUGAAAAACGAUUCGGUAACGACUAUAUUAUUAAGGAUUUUUUAAAAAUUUAUUAAUAUAACGUAACGGUCGAAAACCAACAAUUAGGACAAUGUUCAAAUAUUAUGCGAUAGCGUUCUCCGUCACGCCGGCAUCUCUGCCCACACCCAUAAGACAAUACGUCGAUAUUCAUAUUAUUAUACACACACACUAUCACCGCUGCCUAGUACCCGUGGUCGAGU